UCGUCGCAAAUUCGCUCGACUUGAAUUUAUUUCCAUUGUUUGAGCUUCUAAUUUAAAAUUUAAGACGGAUAACUCUUAAAAAAUUCAUUUUUUGCUCUCGAUGUGCAUUGUGACAUGCGGAGGCUACUGGAAUCGUGUUGUUGGUGGAUCUUUUCUUUGAUUUUGUCAGCAUUCGUGCUUUUUUGGGCCGACUGUCACCCUGCUCUGAAGGGAGGUCACCCGGGAUCUUCGCGAGGAGGGGACCAUGGGACCACGCCGGGGCCUCGACUGCGAAGAGCUGCGGACUCCUACUGGGCGUACUCAGGGACUUACGGGCCAGACAGCUGGACGAUACCCUUUCCCGAAUGCCAGGGGUCCAAUCAAUCCCCCAUCGACAUCCUGGAUCACGAUGCGAAAGUGUCCGUGGAGUACCAGGAGCUCACGCUGAAUGGGUUUGAGACGGAGUCGUCCAACAAGACCUCCAUGAAGAACACGGGAAAAACAGUGGCCAUCUUGCUGAAGGACGACUACUUCAUCAGGGGGGCGGGGCUGCCCGGACGCUUCAAGGCGGAGAAGGUGGAGUUCCACUGGGGCCAGAGCAACGGCUCGGCCGGGUCGGAGCACAGCGUCAACGGCAGGAGGUUCCCGGUGGAGAUGCAGAUCUAUAUGUACAACUCGGAUGAUUUCGAGAGCCUCAAUGCAGCCAUUCAUGAAAGCAGAAUCGUUGCAGCAAUGGCAGUGUUCUUUCAGGUCGGGGUGAAGGACAAUCCGGCCGUGGACCCCAUCAUUCACGGGCUGAAGGGAGUGGUCCAUCACGAGAAGGAAACGUUCCUGGAACCCUUCAUUCUGAGAGACCUGUUGCCCUCGUCUCUGGGGAGUUACUACCGCUACACCGGCUCCCUCACCACCCCGCCCUGCAGCAAGACCGUGGAGUGGAUCAUCUUCCACCGGCCUGUGUACCUGUCCUACCAACAGCUGGAGGCCUUCUACUCCAUCUUCACCACAGAGCAGCAGGACCACGUCAAGUCGGUGGAGUACCUGAGGAACAACUUCCGCCCGCAGCAAAGUCUGGGCGACAGGGUGGUCUUCAAAUCCGCCGUGAAGGACGCCUGGAUCCCAGACUUCACCGACAGCCUGGGGUACCCCUACGGCACGGAAUCAUCCAAAGUGUGCAGCAGUGCCCCGUUCAACAUGAAGGUGCAGCCCCUGAACAGGACGGCGUUGGUGGUGAGGUGGACCAGGCCAGAUGUGGUUUACCACCCUCCCAUCAUCAACUUCAUGAUCUCCUACAGCUGGACCAAGAACGACGAGUCGUACGAGAAGACCUUCGUCAAAGACAGCAACCAGGAACUGGAGGCCGUCAUCACCCCUGUGUUCCCGGACGUCCUCUACCUGUUCAGGGUCCAGGCCGUGUGUCGCAGUGACAUGCGCAGCGACUUCAGCCAGAGCAUGCUCUUCAGGGCGAACACCACCAGGAUAUUCGAGGGAACAAGAAUAGUCAAGACUGGAAUGCCCACUGCGUCUCCUGCCUCCUCCGCCGACAUGGCCCCCAUCAGCUCCGGCUCCUCCACCUGGACCUCCUCGGGCCUGCCGUUCUCCUUCGUCUCCAUGGCGACGGGGAUGGGGCCGUCGUCCAGCGGCAGCCAGGCCACGGUGGCGUCGGUGGUUACCAGCACCCUGCUGGCCGGCCUGGGCUUCAGCGGGGGCGUCAUCUCCUCCUUCCCCAGCUCCGUGUGGCCCUCCAGGGCCCCCCCCUCGGGCCCCGGCACCACCCGCCAGCCCGCCAAGCCCGCAGCCCCCCCGACCUCAGAGCCGGCCCCCUCGCAGGGCUCCGACGGAGAGGCCGCGCCCAAAGACGGCGAGGGCGCCGAGGAGGGAGAGAAGGGGAAAGGAGAGGGGGAGGAGGGCGAGAGAGAGGGGGAGGAGGAGGAGGAGGAGGAAGAGGGAGAGGUCGUGAAGGAGAAGAAAGUUGCUCCGGAUGAGGUGGAAACGCAGGUCAACACCACGGCGGUCAAAGAGCCGCCCACAGCUGCCCCGGACUCCACGGCUAAAGAGAAAGGACCAGAGACCGGCGAGCAGGCACCCAGAACAACGCCCUCUAGUGCCACGGAGGACCAGCUGGUGACACAGUCGGGCACAGUGGCCCCUACCCAGGAUUUGGGGAACGACACGUUGGAGAUUCAGCCCCCGGUCAGCCCCAGCCUGACCACCAAAGUGAGCGGCGAGGAGAAGAAAGUGUGGCCCUUCUCCAUCCACACAGAGAGGAACAGCGUGUCCAACAUGACGAGGACCCCGCCGCACGGCUCCAGCAGGGGGGAGUGGAUCAUCCCGCUGGUGGUGGUCUCGGCCCUCACCUUCGUCUGCCUGGUGCUGCUGCUGGCCGUGCUGGUGUACUGGAGGAGGUGUUUCCAGACCGCCCAUUUCUACGUGGAGGACAGCAGCUCCCCCCGAGUGGUGCCCAAUGAGAGCAUUCCCAUCAUCCCCAUCCCAGAUGACAUGGAGGCUAUUCCUGUCAAGCAGUUCAUCAAACACAUCACGGAGCUGUACUCCAACAACCAGCACGGCUUCUCUGAAGACUUUGAGGAGGUCCAGAGAUGCACGGCGGACAUGAAGAUCACGUCGGAACACUCCAAUCACCCCGACAACAAGCACAAGAACAGAUACAUAAACAUCGUGGCCUACGAUCACAGCAGGGUGAAGUUACGGCCGUUAGCGGGGAAGGAUGCCAAACACAGCGACUACGUCAACGCCAACUACGUGGAUGGAUAUAACAAGCCCAAGGCUUACAUCGCAGCUCAGGGUCCUCUCAAGUCCACGUUUGAGGACUUCUGGAGGAUGAUCUGGGAGCAGAACACAGGGAUCAUCGUCAUGAUCACCAACCUGGUGGAGAAAGGAAGGAGGAAGUGCGAUCAGUACUGGCCCACGGAGAACAGCGAGGAGUACGGGAACAUCGUGGUGACGCUAAAGAGCACAAAAGUACACGCCUGCUAUACGCUACGCCGCUUCACAGUACGGAACACGAAAGUAAAAAAGGGCCAGAAGGGGAACCCGAAAGGGCGACAGAACGAGCGCACAGUGAUCCAGUAUCACUACACGCAGUGGCCUGACAUGGGGGUGCCGGAGUACACCCUGCCCGUCCUCACCUUUGUACGACGGUCCUCCGCAGCCCAGGCACCAGACAUGGGGCCACUGCUGGUACACUGCAGUGCGGGUGUGGGCAGGACCGGGACAUACAUUGUGAUAGACAGCAUGCUACAGCAGAUAAAGGAGAAAAGCACGGUCAACGUGCUGGGGUUCCUCAAACACAUCAGGACACAACGCAACUACCUGGUCCAGACGGAGGAGCAGUACAUCUUCAUCCACGAUGCCUUGAUGGAAGCCAUCCUCGGCCAGGAGACGGAAGUCCCAGCCACUCAGCUCCACAGCUACGUCAAUAGCAUCCUCACCCCCGGCCCAGGGGGCAAGACCCGCUUGGAGAAACAGUUUAAGUUGGUGACGCAGUGCAACGCCCGGUUUGUGGAGUGCUUCAGUGCGCAGAAAGAAUGCAACAAGGAGAAGAACCGCAACUCCUCUGUGGUGCCCUCGGAACGGGCCAGGGUGGGUCUGGCUCCACUUCCUGGAAUGAAAGGCACCGACUACAUCAACGCCUCUUACAUAAUGGGCUAUUACCGGAGCAAUGAGUUUAUUAUUACCCAGCACCCCUUGCCUCACACCACAAAAGACUUCUGGAGGAUGAUCUGGGACCAUAACGCACAAAUCAUCGUCAUGCUGCCAGACAACCAGGGCUUGGCGGAGGACGAGUUUGUGUACUGGCCGAGCCGGGAGGAGGCCAUGAACUGCGAGGCCUUCACCGUCACGCUCAUCAGUAAAGACAGACUGUGCCUCUCCAACGAGGAGCAGAUCAUCAUCCACGACUUCAUUCUCGAGGCCACACAGGAUGAUUAUGUGCUGGAGGUGCGUCACUUCCAGUGCCCGAAAUGGCCCAACCCCGAUGCUCCAAUCAGCAGCACCUUCGAGCUCAUCAACGUCAUAAAGGAGGAGGCCAUGACGAGAGACGGACCAACCAUAGUGCACGACGAGUUCGGGGCUGUGUCGGCCGGUAUGCUGUGUGCCCUCACCACCCUGUCUCAGCAGCUGGAGAGUGAGAACGCAGUGGGCGUUUAUCAGGUGGCCAAAAUGAUCAACCUCAUGAGGCCUGGAGUCUUCACCGACAUUGAUCAGUAUCAGUACCUUUAUAAAUCUAUGCUCAGCCUCAUCAGCACCAAGGAGAACGGCAUUGGGCCUGCGUCUAUGGACAGAAACGGCACUUUGGUGAUUACGGACGAAUCGGACCCUGCCGAAAGCAUGGAGUCGCUCGUUUGAAGAUGGUGGAGGAGCGUAAAGAGGCACUUAAUUUGUAAACCUUCAAGGACUAGACAGACUUUUUUGAGGCCUUUUUUGCCAGACUCUUGGUUAAAUAAAAUAACCUGAUUACUUUUUUACACUGAUAAAAAGUUUUUGAUAUUUAUUUUUGCCAUUUUAUGUCUUAAUGUUAUCCUACUGAGCAUUUGCACCUAUGUUUAAGUUCACACAAUGAAACACAAUUCUUUCUAGUUUGCACUAUAAUGUCAAUGUUACUGCCUAUAACUACCCGAUCGACACUAUUACCGAGCCCCGACUCCACAUUCCACGGCCGUGCUUAACUCGCUCGUUCUUAGCCGCCCGAAAACCCAGGCCACGUCCGUGUGCGCUUUGUAGGCUGAGAGGAAGAGGAUAACGGAUGAUGAAGAAGCAAGCUGUUUGUGUGUGUGGUACAUGAACCGCGUCACCCAAACCCCAGCCCCCAAUACAGGUUUCAAUGUGUUCUGUACAGGAAAGCAUCCUACACACAUUUUGCUUUGAAAUUUACCAGGCUAAUUUAUAUUACACCUAUAUGCAAUAGGGUUAUUAUUUUGCCUUCAUAGUUUUAUUUUACUUGCAUAAUCCCUUUUUAUUAGCAAGUCAAACCCAUAUUUUAAUUUUUGAAGGUGGUAUUAUAAUAGCUACUGUGAACUUUUAUUCUUUUGUAAGAUUUCUAUUCUGCUUUUUAAUAUAUAUGGAUAUACCCUUAAUCAGUAUAACUUGUGAUUUUGUAAAUGUCUGCACCCAUGGCCAGCCCCGUCACCAUUUCCUCCUUGGAUUGGUAUGAGUCUAGCAGGACAGAGACGUCUGUCCGUCUGUCUUAGCUUGGCUGGUCCGUCUGUCGGCUCCAUAAUGCUGCUAGCUGCCAAUGAGAUGACCUUCAGUGUCUGAGUCUAAGCCAAACUGAGCUAUCUCCAUGUCCCAUAGAUCACCUUCUGUGCUAGGAGAAACUUGCCGUUAGCUGGAUUGUCUAUUGGUAUAAUUUAAGAGGUUGAUGGUUUUCGAAGUCCUUUUAACCUGGAAUUUUCCCCUUUCUUUUGAUAAGGGACAUGUGUGGCUGAAGGUAUGUCUCACCUCUUUUACAUUUUUUAACCUUUUUCCUCCAUUUUGGCUUGGCUCUGGGAUGACUGUAGGGUGUAUGUUAAAGUGUAAACAAUAUUUUGAUUUAAGGAAGAAGGCAGGGAUUUCACUUGAUUCUAGAGCCCCCGCACCCUACCCCCAACCACUCUGGCAUUUUUUUUUAUUUUAUUCUUUUUAAUAUUUUUUUUAAGCCUUUUGCCACUCCUUGAAGUACCUUCAAGUUCAUUUUUAAUACUGUAUACCUGAUAUUUCUUCUCUGCCUCCAAAAACAACAUACACUUGGUGUAAACAUGCCUCCUUUUAGGCCAAAUGAGACAUUUCAACUGAAGUGGAGAUAACGGUUACCCUGUCAUUACACAGCACAGCUGCCUUGCUAUUACAAUUUUCGAGUUGUGUUUCUGUCGUAAAAAAACAUUAAACAGGGGGACAUCUAAUCUUAUCAACUUUACCAAAGAUAUAAACUCAUUUCAGCCAGAAAAGGAACUUUUUAUUUAGCGAAUGCUACAGUAAAUGUGUUUUCCUUUCCCCAUCAGCCAUGACUCCACUGAAAUGAACAUGCACAUUUCAGGUUUGCUCCACAUCUGUUUGUUUCUGGCAGACAUUUUUGAUGAGUGUAAACGGCUUAUGUUGCUCUUUGAAUUGUUGAAUUGUCUUUGAAAAGCUGUGGGUCCAUAAUUUAAAUGGCAAGAGACCAGGGGGAGGGCAGUUUCACCCUCAUCUGCAUAUAUUAUCUCAUGGCUGACCUGUAGUGAAGUUUAUUCUGUAUCGAAGGGGGUCUGAUAUCUGAAAGAAUUCUUGCAACCAGAAAAUUAAGUAGAAAUGCACUCAUAUUUUUUCUUGGCUUUUUUUGUCUCCUCGCAAAGGAGGCUGUUAAAUAGUUGCAACUCUCCAACAUUUGGGGUAAAGACCUGACUCUUGAUCAUAUACCACUUCAGGCAUUUUAAGUGAGGAGUUUGUAUUUGAUUCCUUUGUUCUCGUUUUUGCCAAUUCAGCAUCACAGCUGCUCAACUUAAGCAUUCCUUUGUGUUGCAAUCUAAACACAAAUACUAGUGUAUAUCAUGAAAUUUGAAAAUGUACAUAUUUUGUUGCUUCUGUAACCAUCUUCUGGAAAUGUUGUAUCUAUGGUAUAUAAUCAUAGAAUUUUAUAUUUUCAUAUAAAGCUAUUUUUUUUUCUAGUUUCAACUCCUUCAUUGUUUUUUGUGGUUCAUAUGUGUAAGAAAUGUCUGUGCAUUGAGGUAGUAAUUCAUCACAUUCCAACAAAUUACACAUCUACUAUUACUUUUUGGGCAGUGAUUGUGUUUUUCUUUUCUUUUUUUAUUCCUUUAUACAUUUUCUUUUUUUAAUUAAAAUUCUCAGUGUGUGCAAUAGACUAGAUCCAGUAAGUCACUGAAUAAGUUUGUCUCAUUGGCCCAUGUGGAAAAUAUGGGUGGUCUUCUCUUUUGUAACCUGAAAAAAAUUGCUUUGUUUUGUUGAAAGCUAUAUCAAAUCAUUCUAUUAUAGUGUUAUUUAAUAUGUAAAUUGUAUUGCUAUACAUAAAAUAAAAUAUGGGUUUUGAUGUA